AUGGAGGGUUACCGCCAGUGCAACAACUGUGGCAAGGAAUGCCACUUUGGGAAGGAUUGCCCCAACCUUGCUAGGGCAACGACACGUCCUCAAGUUCAGACUCCUCACCAGCAUCAACGGAGGGACAAAGGCAACAAGCCUCAUGCGACGGGCAAAGUCUAUGCCAUGUCAGGAGCGGAGGCUGCAGACUUAGGUCUGCGGGUGCGCAAGCUGCAGUGUGAGCUUGUGGUAUCUACUCCAGCGUCGGGUCUGGUCAGGACGUCGUCCUUGUGUGCUUGGUGUCCGGUGGAGGUAGAGGGACGCAGGUACAAAGUAAAUCUGAUCUGGCUACCUUUGCAGGAGUUAGAGGUGAUCUUGGGGAUGGAUUGGCUCUUUGCCAAUCGCAUUCUUAUAGAUUGUCGAGAGAAGAAGUUGCUUUUCCCCAACUCAGAGGAACUUGAGUUGUUAACAUCUCAAGGAGUUGUGAAGGAACUACAAGGGGGUGCAAAGUGUAACAUAAUCUUCACACAUCUGGAGGUGGAGAAAGAGGAGAGGACGUCAGUUAUACCAAUCGUGCAUGAGUUGGAGGAUGUAUUUCCGGAUGAAGUGCUAGGGUUGCCUCCCCAUAGAGAGGUGGAGUUCUUUAUCGAUUUAGUACCAGGAACCGGCCGAGUAUCGAUGGCUCCAUACUAUGGCUCCGGCGGAGUUGGUGGAACUCAAGAAACAGAUUGA